CAAAAUGAUAAUUUUAUUAAAAUAUUUACUAUUGAUUUUAAAUACUAUUCAUUUUACCUUAUCGCUUAAUUGUGACUGUGGCUAUUUUGAUUCAUCUACAAACGCUGUCUGGUCUACUAUGUAUCACCUUAAUUUCCAACAUCCGUCGUUAUCCACUAAUAAUCAUUCUAUUCUUUAUAAUAAUCAUCGUCAAGACCUUUUUUUCGCUAAUUAUACUAUUCCAGCUAAAUAUAAUGAUCCAUACUCGCGUAUUUUUCAUCGUGAUAAUGUUCGUUUGACUAAAGAUUCAUUAGAGAUUAUGAUUACUAGAUCAGAUAUCAUUCAAUGUGGAGGUGUAGGUACACGUCGUCAUAAUUUUUUAUUUGGAUCCUUUCGGGCUUAUAUUAAAACUACACAUGUACAUGGUACUGUCUCUGCCUUUUAUAUCUAUAAUAGUCCAACCGCAGAAAUUGAUAUUGAGAUCCUAAGUGCUCUACCAGAGCCUCGUCCAAUCUAUUUUGCAAUUCAUCCAAAUUUAUUUGAAAGUAACGGGAAAGCAUCUGUACUUACACAUGGCUCAGCUAGGUUAUUAUUACCCUUUAAUAAUUCUGAUCCUACUCAUGAUUUUCAUGAAUAUCGUAUUGACUGGUUUCCUGGUUUAGUUGUCUUUUAUUUGGACGGAUAUGAAGCGUAUCGAUCAACGACCAAUGUGAUGAGGGUACCAAGUCGUGUUAUGUUAAAUCAUUGGACAGAUGGGAAUCCAAAAUUUAGUCAAGGUCCUGUAAAAGAGAAUGCAACCAUACGAACAUAA